GCGGCGGCGGCGGCGCGGGGGCCCUUCCUGGUGGUCGGCGGGGGCAUCGCGGGGGUCACCUGUGCCGAGCAGUUGGCAGUUCAGUUUCCAUCAGAAGACAUUCUCUUGGUGACCGCUUCCCCGGUUAUAAAAGCCGUGACAAACUUUAAGCAGGUGUCCCGGACGCUGGAAGAAUUCAGUGUUGAAGAGCAGCCAAGCUUCGUCUUGGAAAAGCGCCACCCUAACAUCAAAGUUAUAGAAUCGGGAGUGAAGCAGCUGAAAAGUAAAGAGCAUAGCAUCUUAACGGAAGGCGACCAGGAGUUCGGGUAUGAGAAACUCUGCCUGUGUGCCGGAGCCAGACCCAAGUUAAUAGCUGAGGGAAAUCCAUACGUAUUGGGAAUCCGCGAUACAGACAGUGCCAAGGAAUUUCAGAAGCAGCUGGCCAAAGCAAAGAGAAUCACCGUCGUGGGGAACGGGGGGAUCGCCUUGGAGUUAGUGUACGAGAUUGAAGGCUGCGAAGUGGUUUGGGCGAUCAAAGACAAGGCCAUCGGAAAUACCUUCUUCGACGCAGGGGCGGCUGAAUUCCUGGUGUCCAAGCUCAGCUCGGAGAAGCCCGAAGCCAAACUGGCUUGUAAAAGAACGAAAUACACCACAGAGGAAAGUGGAAGAGAAGAAAAGAUCAGGGAUGAGACUGAUGCCGUAGGAAGUGCUCUAGGACCCGACUGGCACGAAGGCCUAAAUCUCAAAGGGACAAAGCAGUUUUCUCAUAAAGUUCACAUCGAAUCAAGCUGUGAAAUCCAGAAAAUCUACCUUCAGGAUGAAUUUCAGCAGUCAAAAAAAGAAAUCUCGGCUUCCCUGUGGGACAUCGAAACUGAAGAAACUGAUAAAGAUGCGUGGCCCGUGUUCGUGGAAUUAACCAACGGGAAGGUCUUCGGCUGUGACUUCAUCGUCAGCGCGACGGGGGUCAUGCCCAACACGGAGCCUUUCCUCGACGGCAACGACUUUGCCCUAGGAGCGGACGGAGGGCUGAUGGUGGAUGACCACAUGCGCACGUCACUGACCGACAUCUACGCGGCGGGGGACAUCUGCACGGCGGCAUGGCCGCCCAGCCCGUUCUGGCAGCAGAUGCGGCUGUGGAGCCAGGCCCGGCAGAUGGGAAGCUACGCCGCCCGGUGCAUGGCAGCCGACAGCUGCGGCCAGGCCAUCGACACAGACUUCGGCUUCGAGCUCUUCGCUCACGUGACCAAGUUUUUUAACUCUAAGGUGGUGUUGCUGGGCAAGUACAACGCCCAGGGCCUGGGCGCCGACCACGAACUGAUGCUCAGGUGCACCAGGGGACACGAGUACGUCAAGGUGGUGAUGCAGAGGGGCCGCAUGGUGGGGGCCCUGCUGAUCGGGGAGACGGACUUGGAGGAGACGUUCGAAAACCUGAUUUUGAACCAGAUGGACCUGUCGGCCUACGGGGAGGAUCUGCUCGAUCCGAAUAUCGACAUUGAAGAUUAUUUCGAUUAACCGCGGAGUCGCCAACGGCGGGAAUCAAGCCCAAGCGGAAAAGCCCGGGGACGAUGAUUAGGUAGGACGUGUUCCUCGCGGUUUCGGUCGGCGGAAGACAUGUCUUUAAAGAGAGGAAUGUGGAAAUAAAGCUGCAGAUGCCUCAAGAGAA